GCGAGGCCCCGGCCCGUUCCGCGCGUGCCGGCCUGCGGCGUCCGCGGCCGCCGUGAUGACGCCACGCGUCGCGGUGACGCACAACGUAGGCGACCUUCUUUGGGAGCGCGGCCGGCGCGCCCGUUUUGAAGCUGCUCUGAGCCGCGCCAGUCUUGCUGCCAUCCUGCCCGCCCGCGUCCGCCGGGCCCGGAGUCCGCGCGGCCCCCGAGGCGCCCGGACCCCCGCCGGGCCGGGCAGUGUUCCUCACCCGCGUCCGCCUCCCCGGACCCCGGGCUCCAGGCCUGCGAACCCCGCCUCCCCGGGCUUCAGGCCUGCGAACCCCGCCUACCCGGACCCCGGGCUUGCGAACCCCGCCUUCCCGGACCCUGGGCUUGCGAACCCCGCCUCCCCGGGCUUCAGGCCUGCGAACCCCGCGACCCCUGAUCCCGGGCUCCCAACCUGCGAACCCCAACUCCCUGGGCUUCAGGCCUGCGAACCCCGCCUACCCGGACCCCGGGCUUCAGGCCUGCGAACCCCACCUCUGUGGGCGUCAGGCAGGGGUGCGCACGGAGGAGGGGGCUCCGCGGGGAGCGGCGGCCGCGCCCCGGAGAUGCCGCCCGGCAAGGUGCUGCAGCCGGUCCUGAAGAUGAAGGUGGACGAGCUGUUCCUGUGCUGGCUCAGCGAGGCCGGCACGCAGGCGAUGCUGGAGGACUGUCUGCGAAGGGUCCGCGCGCCCGGGCGCCCUGACCUGGGCGCGGGCGCCGCGGCGCCGCCCGUCCCCGCCUGCAAGCCCGGCGCGCUCGACAGCCCGGGGGCGCCCAGCCCGGGCCCCGCGGCCGCCGCCCUCCCCCUGGGAGCCGCCGGCAGCCCCAGGAACGGGCCCCACGCCCGCGGGACUCGUAGAUCCGCAGGGACGCGAGUAGUUCAGACGAGGAAGGAAGAGCCCCGGCCGCCGGCCAGCAGCGAAAUCAUCCCCACGUUCUACUUCCCUCGCGGCCGCCCCCAGGACACAGUGAGCGUGGACGCCGUCAUCGCCAAGAUCGAGCGCGUUUUCGCCCAGUUCCCACACGAGAGGGCCACCAUGGAGGACAUGGGCCGAGUGGCCAAGGCCUGCGGCUGCCCGCUCUACUGGAAGGGGCCGCUCUUCUGCAGCGCGGGCGGGGAGCGCACGGGCGCCGUGUCCGUGCACAAGUUCGUCGCCAUGUGGAGAAAGACCCUCCAGAACUGUCACGACGACGCGGCCAAGUUCGUCCACCUGCUUAUGAGUCCCGGCUGCAACUACCUGGUGCAGGAGGACUUCGUCCCCUUCUUGCAGGACGUGGUGAACACGCACCCUGGCCUGGCCUUCCUGAAGGAGGCGUCCGAGUUCCACUCCCGCUACAUCACCACGGUCAUUCAGAGGAUCUUCUACAGCGUCAACAGGUCGUGGUCGGGGAGGAUCACGUGUGCAGAGCUGCGGAGAAGCUCCUUCCUGCAGAACGUGGCCCUCCUGGAAGAGGAGGCCGACAUCAACCAGCUGACGGAGUACUUCUCGUACGAGCACUUCUACGUCAUCUACUGCAAGUUCUGGGAGCUGGACACGGACCACGACCUCCUCAUCGACGCCCAGGACCUGGCCCGGCACAAUGACCACGCCAUCUCCACCAAGAUGAUCGAGAGGAUAUUCUCGGGGGCGGUGACCAGGGGCAGAAAGGUGCAGAAGGAAGGGAAAAUAAGCUACGCCGACUUCGUCUGGUUUCUGAUCUCCGAAGAAGACAAAAAAACCCCAACCAGCAUCGAGUACUGGUUCCGCUGCAUGGACCUGGAUGGGGACGGGGCGCUGUCCAUGUUCGAGCUGGACUACUUCUACGAGGAGCAGUGCCGCCGGCUGGACAGCAUGGCCAUCGAGGCCCUGCCCUUCGAGGACUGCCUGUGCCAGAUGCUGGACCUGGUGAAGCCGCGGAGCGAAGGCAAGAUCACGCUGCGCGACCUGAAGAAGUGCAAGCUGGCCAACGUGUUCUUCGACACCUUCUUCAACAUCGAGAAAUACCUCGACCACGAGCAGAAGGAGCAGGUGUCCCUGCUCAGGGAGAGCGAGAGCGAAGGCCCCGAGCUGUCCGACUGGGAGAAGUACGCCGCCGAGGAGUACGACAUCCUGGUGGCCGAGGAGGCCGCGGGGGAGCCGUGGGAGGACGGGUACGAAGCGGAGCUCAGCCCCGUGGACCAGAAGCUGGGCGCCCUCAGGUCUCCGCUGGCCCAGCGGCCCUUCUUCGAGGCACCCUCCGCCCUGGGCACCGUGGACCUGUACGAGUACGCGUGCGACGACGACGCCCUGGAGCCCUCGUGACCCGUGCCCGCGGGGCGUCCGCGCCAUCCGGCUGCAGGCACUGCAGCUUCUGUGUAAAAGCCGAAACUGUUUGAUCGUUGAGCUGUCUUUUAUAGGAAACGGAGUGGUUUGUAUGGGAUGAUGAAUUUUUAUUUAUUCAGUUUGGAAGCCAGUCACACUGUCUGGCCGGGAGGGGCCGGUGGGCCCCACUGCCGUCAAGUUCAGGCACGUGGACACUUACCCGGCGUGGCCGACGGCUCCGCCCCGGAGGACCUGCCCUGGGCUCUCAAGCUGUGGCAGACUUCUGGGCGGCCCUGUGUUGUUCUCGCGGAGUCGGUCAGGAACAUUCCAGAAGCCCCAGACCUUCCGUGUGCUUGGGCCACGACCCUCCACGCAGGGUGUGGGAGGGGGCGCCCCCUCCAGCGUACUUACGUUUUCAUGUAAAUGUACAAAAUGUGUAAAGUUAACUUUUAUUUGGUGUGUAUAGCGGUUUAAAAACGUUUUACGAGAUCACAUUUGUAUUUUCAAAUAAAGAAGUUACAGAUUU